AAACGCGUUUUGGUUUCAUGGCUUUUUGGCCUUACCGAGUUGCCGUGUGUUUGUGUUUGGUUCUGACGAAAAUGGCGGACGAGCUGGAUAGAGUACGCAUUUCAGCCGCGGAGCUACGAGCAGAAGCAUCGAAUUUCACAACACACGGCGACAGUAUAAAAGAAUUGCGAGAGGAGGGUAAAAAGCAACGGCAACGAGACAGUAAACGUCCAGACCUGCAGUUGUACAAACCUGGUUCUGGCCAUCCACGCAGACAUAAGGACAGCGCAGAAGGAGUCGGCUCAGACCCUGUGCACCCACCGGAAGACUGCGGUAUUGUUAGUGAUGCCAAAAUGCCUGACAGCUCACCUACCAGUCCCGGAUGCUCUCACGUCACUGGUAUAGACAGUGAAGACUUUCCAAAUGACAGUCAGCCUGAAAAGAAUCACAACACUAAAGGACCCGUAGGCGGCAAGAACCACCAACUUGUGGAUGUAAAUGCUGUUAAAAGCAUUGAAGGUGCUGGUACGCCAAGGUCCCCGAAGCAGUCACGAAAGAUGAGAAAGCCAGACCGUGAGAUAUAUCAGCCAGGGGGGCGAAGGACUCAAGGAAACAAAGAGACCGGGGCGAGCAAAGAAUUAGAUGGGGAUCGAAGAAGAGAGGAAGAAGUGUGUGGGAAAUCUGUUGAAUUACUUAAGAGUGAGAAAGAGGAAAAGCGUAGAAACAGGCGAGGGAAAGAUGGCAGGAAAAAGCAAGAGUCCAAAGGAAGUGCAGACUCGCCCUCUGCAAACAAAAAUGAGAAUAAUGUCGAGAAUAUCACUGGUAACAUCAGUAAACUCCAACUAGAGUCUGAGGAAGGUAGAGAUGGAGGUGGGCAGGAUGGUACAAACCGGAGAAAACCUAGUGGGGAAGGUCGAAGAAGCCAAGCAGGUGAAGGGAGUGGAGGGAUCGGAGAAGACAAAAAAAAGGAGAGGGGUAACGGGAAAUCCAAAGCAGGAAGGGAGAAAGGUAACAACCAGGUCUUCUCUAAAAAAGAGGAAGUGGAGGGAGGAGUGAAAGUUUCAGAGGCAGCCCAACCUGAAGGAAAAAGGCAGAGGAAUGUUGGCGCAAAGGAGGUAAGCCAUAACCAGAACAUAAACUACGAAAAACAAACAGGGAACAGGCCGAAAGAGAGAGGGAAACCAUCUGAGAGAACCGAUUCAAACCGAGUCAACUCUGCCUCAAAGCGAUACUCUCAGUCAGACAUCCGACGACCUCGAAACCGCACAUACAGCACGAGUUCAGCCAGUAGCGGGACCAGUAUGGAUGGUCUGGCUGAAGCUGAGAGACUUAGAGGAGAGGGUCAACAGUUGUCGGCACGCACUGCAGAGAGGAAGAUUGGUCAGAGGGAGUUUGUCCGAGGGAGCCAGGCCCGUCCGAGGAGACGGACAGCCCGGACCUUGUCCUCCACAGAUUCUCUGGAGGAAAAUGAGGCGUGGGAGCGAGAAGAUAGAAGAGGCCGUGUUGCUGAUGAAGCCAAGAGCACCCACAGGGGUCCCGAAGUGGGCGGAAGAGGCCAAAGAGCGCCUGCGCCUUGUGGUCGAGGAGGAAUUUUGAGAGUUUCUUUGGACAAGCAUUCAAGUGAAGAGCAAGCGAGUCGAAAAAACCCUAGAGGUCGUGGGAGGGGCAUCCUAGUGCUUCCUGCCCACACGGAUCUAACUUUAACCCCUGAGCCUGGGCCUCAGCUUGGAGGAAUGAGAGGAGGAAUGGGUCUGGGCCGAGGAAGAGGCGGCCGUGGAGGAGGGACAAGACGACUUUGGGACCCGAAUAACCCAGAUAAGAAACCAGCGCUGGUGUCAAGCCAACAAUCCCAGCAUGCAUCUCUCCAGCAGGCUUUGUACUUGCAGCAGGGUGGAUGCGGGCCGCUGCACUUCCUGGAUACUGAUGACGAGACUGCAGGAAGUCCUCCUGUCCGCCAGGGGGAGUAUUCUCCAAACCAGCAAGCUGCUGCGAUGGCUUACUACAAAUUCCAGAAUUCUGACAACCCCUACUGCUAUCCGUUACCGGCCAAUUCACCGAACACCCCGCCACGCUAUCCUUUCCCGUAUCACAUUCCCUACCAAAUUCCUGGCUCUAAUGGGAUCUAUCCCACCUCUGCUAUGCCACCUUAUUAUGGACCCUAUGGGCAAGGUGGUCCAGGUUAUCCCUCUCCAACGGGAUCUAGUCUCACUCCAGAAGAGGCAGAGGUGCAGACCAGAGGAGAGCUAGGAAAAUUGCUUCGGCUGGCUGACAGUCAGGAACUCCAACUCAGUAAUCUGCUGUCCCGGGAACGACUGAGCCCAGAGGGACUGGAGCGAAUGGCCCAGCUCAGGGCUGAACUCCUGACGUUGUACGAGCGGGUGAUUUUGACAGACAUCGAGUUCUCCGACUCUCAAAACCUAGAUCAGGCCCUGUGGAAAAAUGUGUUUUACCAGGUGAUAGAGAGGUUUAGGCAGCUACUGAAAGAUCAGACCUCAGACACAGCCCCACAGAUCAAAACCAUGCUGAUGAACAUUCUGGAAGAGGGGGCAGUAUUCUUUGAUUCACUUCUACUGAAGUUGCAGACAGUGUUUCAGUUCAAGCUGGAAGACUAUAUGGACUGCAUGGCUAUACGAGCAAGACCUCUACGCAAGACGGUCAAGUAUGCUCUGAUCAGUGCCCAGCGCUGCAUGAUCUGUCAGGGCGAUAUCGCACGAUAUCGUGAACAGGCUAGUGACUCUGCUAACUACGGGAAGGCCCGCAGUUGGUAUCUAAAAGCUCAGCAGAUUGCUCCGAAAAAUGGACGACCCUACAACCAGCUGGCUCUUCUAGCAGUGUACACGAAGCGAAAGCUGGAUGCUGUAUACUAUUACAUGCGUAGUCUAGCCGCCAGUAACCCGAUCCUCACAGCCAAGGAGAGCCUGAUGAGUCUGUUUGAGGAAGCCAAGCGCAAGGCUGACCAGAUUGAACAUAGACGAAAGCAGGAUUCAGAUGGAGGUACCCAUGGUUCCAGAGGUCAUGCAGGUGGGCGUCGUGGCGAGGACGCCUCCCGUGUGGAGAUCUGGAUACGUCCGAGUGGGAAUCCGGGCACUUCUCGUCCAACAGGCAGUGAAUCCGGAAAAGACUCUGAGCAGGAUGGAGAGCUGGGAACUUUGAGUGCCAGUGAUCUCAAUAAGAGGUUUAUUUUGAGUUUCCUACACACUCAUGGAAAGCUUUUCACUAAAGUAGGGAUGGAGAGUUUUCCUGCUGUAGCCAGUCGAGUGUUACAGGAGUUCCGGGCACUCCUCCAGCACAGCCCCUCCCCCCUCGGCAGCACACGCAUGCUGCAGAUCAUCACAAUUAACAUGUUCACCAUCCAUAACGCACAGAUUAGAGCUGAACGGCAGGGUGAAACUCGGUCGGUAUUGGAGGAGCAGACCAUAUCCCUUGGUUUAGCCAUGUUUGGUCUCCUUGUCCAACGUUGCACUGAACUCCUGAAGGAGACGCCUGCUGAGCCUAUCCCAGCAGAAGAACUGGGGGAGUUUGAUGAGAUGGAUGAUGAGGAGGGGAUGGUACGGGUGUCUGCCUUCCCUCCCGACCUCAGAGAGCUGCUGCCCAGCAUGAAGGUCUGGUCCGACUGGAUGCUCGGACACCCAGACAAGUGGAACCCUCCUCCCUGCAGUAUGCAGGGGAGUCCAGAUGUGUGGCAGUGUCUUGCAGAUCUGUGCAACUCUUUCUCACGCGUGUAUCACGGUGAGGUUCUGCUGUAUAAAGCUGAUGCAGAUGGAGAAGGAGACGAGGAGCUCAGAGUCCUGCAGCUGGAGGAGGACAAAAUGCUCUCUGGCUUUGUCCCGCUACUCGCUGCCCCACAGGAAGCAUGCUACAUAGACCAAGCAACAGAUGCGGCUAUAGCAGCUGACUGUAAGAGAGUGACGGUUCUGAAGUACUUCCUGGAAGCUCUGUGCGGGCAAGAAGAGCCGCUUCUGGCUUUUAAGGGAGGAAAGUACAUUUCCAUGGCAACACCUCUUUCACCCAGCGCAAGCGCAGAGAACAAGAUGAAAACACAAGAACAGGAGGAUGAUGUCAUUGUAGAGGAAUCCUCUCUCUCUGCAUCGGAAGGGGAGAUCGAUGGAGAGAUGGUAGGAGACGGAAGUGAGGAUGAUAUCAGAGAGCUAAGGGCACGGCGCCACGCUCUUACACACAAGCUGGCACAGCAGCAGAAACGCAGGGACAAGAUACAGGCUGUCCUGCAGACGGGUGGGCAGCUGGAGAUUGAGAUCAGGCCAUUCUAUCUGGUCCCUGACACAAACGGCUUUAUAGAUCAUCUGGAGGGCCUGAGGAAGCUUCUGGCCUGUGGGACAUACAUUCUGGUUGUGCCUCUCAUCGUGAUCACAGAGUUGGAUGGUCUGGCUAAAGGGCAGGACAGUCGUGAGGGGAUCAGUAAUGGUGCCCAUGCCCGACAGGUGCAGGAGAGAGCCAAAGCAGCGGUCAUGUUUCUGGAGAAAGCCUUCGAGUCUAGAGAUCCCUGCAUCAGAGCGCUCACCAGCAGAGGAAACACACUGGAGUCCAUCGCCUUCCGCAGUGAGGACACUUCUGGACAAAAGGGCAACAACGACGAUGUCAUCCUGUCCUGCUGUCUACACUACUGUCAGGACAAAGCCAAGGACUUUAUGCCUGCUGAGAAAAAUGGGCCGGUGCGUUUGCGCAGGGAGGUGGUCUUGCUCACGGACGACCGCAACCUGCGAGUCAAAGCUCUCACACGCAACGUUCCGGUCCGAGACAUCCCCGCGUUCCUGAUCUGGGCUAAAGUAGGCUGAACCGCAGACCUGACCUACUGCUGUACAAACCAAUCAUCCUCCACUACAACAGUUGGAGAUGAGGAAAUGAUGUCACAGAGAGAGGAUGAAUAUAAAGGGGAAAGAUACUACACGUUUUUGUCAAACCGACAAAAAAGAGCAGUGACACAGAAAGCCACUUUAACAAGAAAGAAAUGAGGAUUUUCCCCUUAAAACGCAGCGUGCAUAGACAACCGCUUACUUCGGAGGGGGAGAUAGACACGAUUGAAGGGGGUUGAAACCAGCUUAGCUGAUUCAGGGGGGUUGAUUAAUGCGCAGAAAUGCCGUAUGAAGAGGAAGCAGGCGGGGUGUACGUGUGUGAGCGAGAGAAACCAGCGUCAGCUGUUCUGCUGUUUAGAGUGUCAGCUUGUAGUGUUUGUGUGGAGUCACACGCAGGCGGAUAAGCUCAUUCCAGCGCUUCCGCCGCUAUCAAAGGGCCUGUGAUGAGGUGAGCACUCCAGUAGGGGGCGGCGUGAGGAGGUCUCACGUUCCUGUGGCCCGAGAGGCCCUGAUUGCAUUUUCAUUGCCUUGGUGCAUGAUUGUUUUAAAGCUCUUAUUAUUUUUACUUGCGCAUUUAAGUUUGCAUUGCAUUUUGACUUCAGUUUUGACAGUGUCAGGUUCUUGUUUUCAUUUAGGUCACAUGGUUUUGUUGUAAUACACUUGUAACUGUCUGAUCUUCUGUAGUAGGUGUAUGGAAGCAUCUUUGUGCAUCAAGUGUGUGAAUUCAAGUCAGAAAUUGUAUUCCUGUGUCAAGUAAAUACUGAUGUAAUGAAUCUGUCAUCACAGUAGUUUUAAUACAGACUAACCCACUCUACUUUUUUGAGGAAAAUUAGGCUUUCACCACAUUGCCAUUGCUGAAAAUUAAACACAAGGUUUAUCUGUCUCUGAAUGAAUGGAAAUUAAAAUCUGCAAUUUUAAGGUAGAGCAAAAUAGAAAUUUAGUUUGCUUUUUUAUAAAGAAAUUGAAAAUACAUGGACAACUUGGAUGAGCUGUAAAGUGGGUUAUUUAGAUAUUGCAGUCACAACCAUCAAGAAAAACACCAAGUAUCUUGUUCACUCUUCAGAGUCUUAGAAAUGUUUUAUUUUUUUCCUUUUGAAAAUGUUCUGUGCAAAUUAUUUUCAAGCCUGUAUUAAGUCGAAUGGUUUGUCUGUGCUUGUGUUUUAGUGUGGUUAUUUUUUUUCAUUUCCAAAGCUCAAGUAUUAUAGUUCUAAUGGGACCUGGUAUGUCAUCUUGUUAGAGCCUGUUUGUUUUAACGGUCAAAUAUCAUCCUCACCUUUCUGUUCUGUGGUAACAAAAAGCCGUGUUUGGCUUUAAGCAGCAUCUGAAUUAUUCACCUCUGAUUACAAGUCUUCCUAAUUUGGUUUUAAUGUGGAUUUAAUUAAAAUUAAAAAAUAAUUUCUGAGUUAA